UUAUAUUGUGGGGUAACAAAAACAAAACAUUUCGUCUGAACUAAUAUAACAUGUUCUUCCGUGGAAGAAGCCAUAGCCAUAACAUAACUACCACUUGAAAACAAAACCCACCACCACCUUAGUUAAAAAAAAAAAAAGGUUAGAUAAAAAUUAAGCUUUGUUCGGUGGUGACCAUGGAAAGCACCGACUCAUCAAGCGGUUCACAACAACCGAACCUGCCACCUGGGUUUCGGUUCCACCCCACUGAUGAAGAGCUUGUAGUUCACUACCUCAAGAAAAAAGCAGCUUCUGCUCCUCUUCCGGUAGCCAUCAUCGCCGAGGUUGAUCUCUACAAGUUCGAUCCAUGGGAGCUACCCGCUAAGGCCGCGUUUGGGGAGCAGGAGUGGUAUUUCUUUACUCCGAGGGACAGGAAGUAUCCGAACGGCGCGAGGCCAAACAGGGCGGCGACAUCUGGGUAUUGGAAGGCUACUGGGACUGAUAAGCCUGUGUUGACCUCUGGUGGGACCCAAAAGGUUGGGGUGAAGAAGGCUUUGGUUUUCUAUGGAGGGAAGCCCCCAAGAGGGAUCAAAACCAAUUGGAUCAUGCAUGAGUAUAGGCUAACUGAUAACAAGCCUAACAAUAGGCCUCCUCCUGGUUGUGACUUGGGCAACAAGAAAAACACUCUAAGGCUUGAUGAUUGGGUGCUGUGCCGAAUCUACAAGAAGAGCAACACGCAUAGGUCACCCAUGGAGCAUGACAGGGAAGAUUCAAUGGAUGACAUGAUUGGAGGGAUUCCUCCAUCCAUCAACGUGGGCCACAUGAGUGCGAGGUUUCAUCAUCUUUCAAAGAUGACGACAGCCUACAACAACGGUGCAUUGUUGGAAAAUGAUCACCACAACUUGUUGGAAGGGAUGAUGAUAGGUAACAGCAACGGAGGGAUGAACACAACUACUACUACUACACCUGGUCCCAUGUCAUCUCACUUAGGGGGAUCCAAGGAAGAGCUUUCUUUUGUUCCAACCAUGACUCACUCUUCAAACACUUCUAAGAGAACACUUUCAUCACUGUAUUGGAACGAUGAGGAUGUGGCGGGUACAUCAUCUUCGAACAAAAGGUUCAAUUUGGAAUUAAGUGGGGACAAUAAUAACCAUGGAAGUGUUGUGAGGGAUGAUCAAGAGAAUGGCACUGCUUCCUCUAUUGCCACUCUGCUUAAUCAACUCCCUCAAACCCCUUCAUUGCACCAACAAUCAAUAUUGGGGUCAAUAGGUGAUGGACUUCUUAGAACAACAUACCAAAUACCAGGAAUGAAUUGGUAUGCUUAGAACAAUUUCAGGUUUGUUUUAAUUAUUGAUGAACAGGGAGAUAUUGAAUUACUAUAAAGAAGGAUAUAUGAUAUGAUCCUCGAUCAGCUGGUGGAAACCCUACACUAUUAGAUUGUAAUGAUUUUAAUGGGAUAUUGAGAUUUUGGUUGUUAGGAAUUUGGAAGCAGUUGUUAGAGUUUGAUCAUUUAGAUGGGCCUCAUUAUCAUCCAAUGAAGUUCUUCAACCAUUGGAGUUAGCUGCAAGCAAUAACAACACCAAAGGUCAGGCCAUGGGAUACUUUUAGUUAAACUUUAAUAUAGCUUUAUACGUAUAUAUAGAUAUUUGCUUUUUUUAUUGGUAUGUAAAUAAAAAAAUGGUGGUGUGCUCUUAAUUAAUGUAUACAAAUAUUCAAAUGAGAAAAGAGAUUUCAACUCAGCUGUUAUAUGUAUACCUUGAUCAAUUAGGAUACAAAUGAGCUUUGUGUAGAUCAUAUACUGUAGAACAACGAUCUAUUUAAUAUAUUUUAAUUAAAGACAAAUGGUGACUAUGGUUUGUCACUGUACUGU